CAGGCGCGCGGACACGGGAGCCCCGCCCAUUGUUCCCCCUCCCCCUCCUCGAGCCGAGGUUUCCAGGCAAUCGGCUGACGGCUCCGGCCAGAGCGAGAAGCCGCUCGAAGAACUCGGGAGAGGAGAAGCUGCGCAUGUGUGGGGGAGAGCCCGCCCCUUCCCUUCUUGCUGAGGAGCUGACCAAUGGGAAGAGUUGGAAGACCGGAAGGACUCUUGUCCUCCAGCCAAUCAGAGUGCGCGCUUUGUGUGCAUGAAGAUUGAGCUUCACACAGACUAAAACUUCCUCCUGUGUCCAACAUCUGAUAUUAGAGGGCGAGGAUUUGCAGACAGAAAUCUCAAACCAAAAAUCAUAUCAAGCUGUCACAGUGUCAUUCAAUUCAUCAGGACCUGAACAUAAUUGACCUUUGAAUGUGGAAAAACGUUUGUCUGUUCUGUCUGUCAGGAAAGAUUCUAAACAUUGGUGUGAUUGGAAAAGCACUGAGACACACACACCCGAGUGAGAGAGUGAGAGUUUCCAGUGCACUGACUGUGGAAAGAGUUUUAACCAGUUACACAGCCUGAAAAAAAAUCACACCAUUCACAGCGGGGAGAGACUGUACAUGUGUUCUGUGCAUGUAUGAGGCUUCAACUGAUCGUCAAACACAAAGAGACAUAAGGACACCUACACUAUGGAGAAACCAUGGAAAUGUGGGGACUGUGGGAAGGGAUUCCGGAACCCGUCUGUGCUAGAAAUUCUCAAACCAAACUUCACGUUAGCAUCUGCCAGUCACUCGAUUCAUCAGGACCUGAAUAUCAUCGGCCUUUCAAACUAGAAGGAGAGAUGAUUGUCUGUUCUGUCUGCUUCAAAAUGUUUCAAGCAUCAGUGUGAUUGGAAAAGCACCGAGACACACACACCCAAGUGAGAGUGUUCCAGUGCACUGACUGUGGAAAGAGCUUUAAGCAGUUACUCGGACUGAAAAAACAUCACACCGUUCACAAAGGUGAGGCACCAUACAUGUGUUCUGUGUCUGGACAAGGCACCAAUUGAUCAACAGACGUGGAGAUACACAAGGGCACGUGCACCAUGGAGAAACUGUGGAAAUGUGGGGAUGGUGGGAAGGGAUUCCAAACCACAUCUGUGCUGGAAACUCAUCGACACAUUCACACAGGGGAGAGGCCAUUCACCUGCCCUGUGUGUGGGAAGGGAUUCACUCAUUCCUCACACCUAGUGGCACACCAGGUCGCUCACACCAGGGAGAGGCCGCUUACCUGCUCUGUGUGUGGGAAAGGAUUCACUCAGUCAUCCCACCUAGUGGCACACCAGAUAGCUCACACUAGGGAGAGGCCUCUCACCUGCUCUGUGUGUGGGAAGGGAUUCAGUAAGCCACUACACUUACUGGCACAUCAGGUAGCUCACACCAGGGAGAGGCUGCUCACCUGCUCUGUGUGUGGGAAAGGAUUCACUCAUUCAUCCCACCUAGUGGCACACCAGAUCGUUCACACCAGGGAGAAGCCAUUCACCUGCUCUGAGUGUGGGAAAGAAUUCACUCAGUCAUCCCACCUACAGGUACACCAGGUAGUUCACACUGGGGAGAGAUUGUUCACAUGCUCUGUUUGUGGGAAGGGAUUCACUCAGUCAUCCCACCUAGUGACUCACCAACUUGCUCAUACCAGGGAGAAGCCGUUCUCCUGCUCUGAGUGUGGGAAGGGAUUCACUCAGUCAUCCCACCUAGUGACUCACCAACUUGCUCAUACCAGGGAGAAGCCGUUCUCCUGCUCUGAGUGUGGGAAGGGAUUCACUCAGUCAUCCCACCUAGUGACUCACCAACUUGCUCAUACCAGGGAGAAGCCGUUCUCCUGCUCUGAGUGUGGGAAGGGAUUCACUCAGUCAUCCCACCUCGUGGCACACCAGGCAGUUCACACCAGGGAGAGGUCGUUCACCUGCACUGAGUGUGGGAAAGGAUUCACUCAGUCUGCGCACCUAGUGGCACACCAGGUAGUUCACGCUGAGGAGAGGCCAUUCUCCUGCUCUGAGUGUGGGAAAGGAUUCACUCAGUCUGCGCACCUAGUGGCACACCAGGUAGUUCACACUGAGGAGAGGCCAUUCACCUGUUCUGUUUGUGGGAAGGGAUUCACUCAGUCUGCACACCUAGUGGCACACCAGGUAGUUCACAACAGUGAGAAGCCAUUCACCUGCUCUGAGUGUGGGAAGGGAUUCAUUCAGUCAUCCCACCUCAUGGCACACCAGGUAGUUCACACCGGGGAGAAGCCAUUCACCUGCUCCGAGUGUGGGAAGGGAUUCACUCAGUCAUCCCACCUAGUUGCACACCAGGUAGUUCAUACCAGGGAGAAGCCUUUCACCUGCUCCGAGUGUGGGAAGGGAUUCACUCAUUCAUCCCACCUAGUGGCACACCAGGUAGUUCACACCAGGGAGAAGCCUUUCACCUGCUCCGAGUGUGGGAAGGGAUUCACUCAGUCUGCGCACCUUGUGGCACACCAGGUUGCUCACACCAAGGAGAGGCCGUUCUCUUGUUCUGUGUGUGGGAAGGGAUUCACUCAGUCUGCGCACCUAAUGGCACACCAAGUAGUUCACACCAAAGAGAGGCCAUUCUCUUGUUCUGUGUGUGGGAAGGGAUUCACUCAGUCUACACACUUAGUGACACACCAGGUAACUCACACCAGGGAGAAGCCAUUCACCUGCUCUGUUUGUGGGAAGGGAUUCACACAGUCAUCCCACCUAGUGGCACACCAGGUAGUUCACACCGGGGAGAGGCCAUUCACCUGCUCUGUGUGUGGGAAAGGAUUCACUCAGUCAUCCCACCUAGUGGCACACCAGGUAGUUCACACCGGGGAGAGGCCAUUCACCUGCACUGAGUGUGGGAAAGGAUUCACCCAGUCUGCACACCUAAUGGCACACCAGGUAGUUCACACCAAGGAGAGGCCGUUCACCUGCUCUGAGUGUGGGAAAGGAUUCACUCAAUCUGCUCACCUAGUGGCACACCAGGUAGUUCACACUGGGGAGAGACCGUUCACCUGCUCUGAGUGUGGGAAGGGAUUCACUCAGUCUGCGCACCUAGUGGCACACCAGGUAGUUCACACCAAGGAGAGGCCAUUCACCUGCACUGUGUGUGGGAAGGGAUUCGCUCAGUUAUCCCACCUGCUGACACAUCAACAGGUUCAUACUGGAAAAGACCAUUCACCCGCUCUCGAUGUGGGAAGGAUUCACUCGGUUGUCCCAUCUGCAGACACACCGGCAAGUUCACACUGGAGAGAGGCCCUUCAUUUGCUCCAUGUGUGGGAAGAGAUUCGCUCUUUCAGCCUACCUGCUGACACAUCAACAGGGUCACAGCGGGGCAAGGCCCUUUGCCUGCUCUGAGCGUAAGAAGGGAUUCACUCGGUUAACCAGCCUGCUCGGACUGUGGGAGUUAAUUGUGUCAAUUGAGAUAAAAUAUAUACAGGUGCAGGACAUUUAUUGGAUGGUUACUUGAGCACAUAUAAAGAGACACUACUGACACAUAAUUGGGUGUAUUCAGGAGGUAUAUACCUGUAAUGUUUCACACUGUGAAUAAAUCUAUACAAAGCAAAGACUGGCUCCAGUUUCUUCCUUCACAAUCAGGCUGUCAGGAUUAUAACAUGGUAACAGAGAAUACUUGUCUAAUGGUGGAGGUUGGAAACUAAAGGGAAAUAAAAUUUCAGACAGAAGCUUACAAUCCGAGUAGCUUUUGUGAGAAAUGGCUGAAAACAAGUGGAAAUUGUCAGGGAAUUGCUCUAAAGAAGGGUCAUACGGACUCAAAAUGUUAACUCUGUUUCUCUCUCCACAGAUGCUGCUAGACCUGCUGAGUUUUUCCAACCCUUUCUGUUUUUGUGUCAGGUUUCCAGCAUCUGCAGUAAUUUGCUUUUAUGUUAUGGAAAUUGUCAGGGUCUGAUUACCCGCCGAUGUUCUCAGAGUCUGAGCCACAUGACCAGUGGAAGAAUGAAGUGGAGAUGUAGAUACGGGUUAUGUCCCUACCAAGGAGGAAACAAGGUCUGGUCUUGGCAUUGUCACUUCCCAACAAAAGUAAAGUGAGAAGCGAAGUAUUUAGUCAGCUGGAUACCCAUCACUGAAGAAGGUUUGGAUCUUCUAUUCAGGUUCAUUGAUGAGAUUUACAAGAAAGAUGAUCUAUUGGAUGCCUAUGAAGCACAGAUGGAAUUUGACAGGUUUCGAAUGAGGGUGAAAACAUCUUUAGCAGAUCUGGAUAUCACAACAAGAGACAGGAUUGGAACAGCACUUAUAGGUGAAUGAACUCCAGGAAUGACCAAGGAACAAUUAACAGGUGUUUCAGGUCUGACUCAAAAUAUCAUUAUGUGAUGAACUGCCCAAAGUGGAAAAUCAGGGUCUUUGAAGUGACACAUGAUACAGAGAAUUCUGAGGCUGAAGAUGAUGAUGAUGAUCACACUGAAGGAAUUGUACUAGUCACAAGGAGCUUUGGUCCAGUGAUGAGUAUGUUAUUCACAGACUCAUUCAACUGUGCUGUGUUAGAUAGUGGCUGCUUCUCGUCAGCAUGUGGAUCAGUUGGUGAAAAUUUUAUCCAGGUUCACCUCGUAAUGAGGAUUGACACAAGGAGUAUGAAAGUUCGCCUUGUCUUUGUUUGGUGAUGUGACCACAUUGACGUCACUAAAAAGAGUGGGGAUUUUUGCAAAAUAGCUGGAGUCAGCCACUUUAUCAGGACUGGUGUACUCUCUAGUGAGGUACCCUUACUGUUGAGUAAACCUUCCACAAAAAAGGCACAAAUGCAACUGGACAUGGAAAGUCAGUGGAUCUGCAGUUGACUCAGUCAGGACAUUAUCGUCUCCCCUUAACAAUACCUGAUGUUUCUAAUCAGAGUGUUUGAGAAGGAUUAAUGGCAUCAAUGAUAAGAAUCAGAGAGAAAAAAAACAAAUUAUUUUAAAACUGAACAGACAAUUUGCUCACCCUUCCUGUCAAAGAUAACAAAUCCUGCUAAAAGAUGCAGGGGUGGUUGGUGAAGAGUAUACGAGGCUCAUAGAGGAGAUUAGAGCAAAGUGUGAAAUGUGUAAAAAGUAUGGGAGGAUGCUGUCACAUCCUAUUGUAAACCUUCCCUUGGCACGUGACUUUAACCAGAUAGUUUCCAAUUGUUCUAAGGAGAUGGGACAAAGACAGAAAUAUUUUCAUUCUACACUUUAUAGACAUAGUAACCGAUUUAGUCUUUCUCCAAUAAUACAUGGCAAGGACAAAAGGGAGAUUACAGACCAAGUCAUGAGGAAAUGGAUAGGGACUGGACCUGGGGCACCAGCUAAGUUUCUGACUGAUAAUGGAGGGGAAAUUUGCUAAUGACGAGUUUAGAGACGUGUGUGAAAACGUGAACAUUAUGGUCAUGAACACCACAGCUGAAAGUCCUUUCAGCAAUGGACUCUGUGAAAGGAAUCAUGCUGUGAUCGAUGAAAUGCUGCAGGAAAUCUUAGCUGAUCAGCCAAACAGCAAGUUGAUGACUGCACUGACAUGGACGAUUGGUGGAAAGAAUUCACUUCAGAUGGUUGGAGGGAAAAGUCCCUUUCGAUUGGUCUACAGGAGAAAUCCCAAAUUAGCCUCUGUGCUGGGCGAUAGCCCUCCAGCUUUCGAAGGGACUACAAUUCGUUCCAUUUUUAGUCAUCAAUAAUCGAAUUGUUUCAUAAAAAGAAGUGCUCGAACUAAGAAAUUACUGGGGAUCCUGGAAGAGGGAUGUCUUAAAAUGUAAUAAUGCUUUGUGCAAAAUAAGGAAAAUCAUAUUUUGUCCUCUU